AUGGCUAAGAUCAAGACUGUCGAGUAUUUCCGGGUCAAGCCGCGUUGGCUGAUGGUGAAAAUUACCGACGACAAUGGGCAGUUCGGUUGGGGCGAGGCCACCCUGGAGGGCCACGACCUAGCUGUCGAAGGCUGCUUAGAGGAGAUGAUCCCUAGGAUAGUCGGAAGAGAGGCAAAUGAAAUCGAAAACAUAUGGCAAACAUUCUGGAGACAUGGGUUCUACCGCGGCGGGCCAGUCUUCAUGUCAGCCAUGUCAGGCGUUGAUAUCGCACUAUGGGAUCUGAAAGGCAAGAACUUGAAGGUGCCGAUAUAUGAGCUCCUUGGCGGCAAAGUCCGGAAUGAGGUUCAGGUUUACUGUUGGAUAGGUGGUGACAGACCUUCCGAUGUUGAAAAUGCUGCCAAAGCACGCCUUGCUCAGGGGCUGAAAUGCGUCAAGAUGAACGCCACGGAAGACCUGAACUGGGUGGACUCCCCAUCGGCACUCGAUGCCACGGUAGAGCGUCUCAAGAUAGUCAAAUCUUUGGGGCUUGAUGCAGGGCUUGAUUUCCAUGGCCGCUUACACAAGGCCAUGGCGAAGCAAUUAGCCGCUGCCCUGGAGCCACACCGGCCCCUGUUCAUCGAGGAACCCCUCUUGAACGAGCACCCGGAGGCUAUCAAGCAACUGGCAGGGAUGACCAAGAUCCCGAUUGCUUUUGGAGAGCGCUUGUACACGCGCUGGGAUAUCAAACGUUUCCUCGAGGACGCCAGUGUGGACAUCCUCCAACCCGAUAUUGCGCAUGCUGGAGGUAUCAGCGAGACCAAGCGCAUUGCUCAAAUGGCGGAGGCCUAUGACGUCGCCAUCGCUCCCCACUGUCCCUUGGGCCCAGUAGCAUUUGCUGCUAGCAUGCACAUUGCCUUGACGUCGCCGAACUUUGCCAUCUUGGAGAUGAGUUUGGGAAUGCACUACAACACCGAGGCCGGGGACGACAUCGAUCUGUUGACUUAUAUGAAAGACCCUUCGGUCUUUGACAUCGGCAAAGGGGGUUACGUCAAGGCCCCUACGGGUUAUGGUCUAGGUAUCGAGGUUGAUGAGGAGAAGGUGAGGGCUAUCGCUAAGGACACAAAGCCUUGGCAAUGCAAAGUCUUCCACGGACCAGACGGAAGCAUUAGAGAGUGGUAG